AAACGUCAAAACAAAAUUAACCAAGAUGUCGGAUUUGAACGAGGACUUGCUCAACUACGAGCCGGCCGAAGUGGAAGAUGGUUCGUUUCUGAACGAGGACGAUCUGCUGCUAUCCGAUGACGAGAGUGAACUAAAGUUAGACCAUCAAGAGGAGGAAUUUCUUUUGACCGAGUCGGAAGAAUGGGUCGCCAAACAGUUGGCAGCCAAAGAGAAGGAAGCGGCACAACAACAACAAAAACAACAGCAGCAGACUAAAAGUCAGCUGCAACCAUCUUCUUCAGAACCCGCAGCUCUAAAAGAAGAACCAGCUGUUGUAUCCGAGCCAGUAAGGAAGGUUGCAUCGCCUCCUCCUCCUCUUGCUGAAACGGCCACUAGACGGGGUAGAACACCGAAAAAGCAUGAAGAACCAACAUCGAACCUCGUUGAAAAGACUGCCCCAGUAGAGACACUUUCUUGUGAACCACCGUUGUUAGCAGAGGAGAGUCAAGUUUCACAAAAUGACACGAAUGUUGAACAAGCAGCGGAACAACAGGAAUCACCGCCAAAACAAAUGUCGUUGGAAGAAGUCCCUUCCAGUCAGGAAUCGGUUUAUCCGGCUUCCACAAUAACGGACUCAGAGCGGGAAACCACAACGGAAAUAUCUUCAUUGUCCGUUUCGUCGCUAGUACCGGAAACUAUUUCUGCAACAUCGGUAGCAACCGAAAGUUCGGUUACGCAAACAGAAUCUGAAGCUGCCAGCGUAAAGGAGAGCGAUUUUGAAAAAUCAGAUGUAGAAGCGGUUACAUCGCAGAUCUCCCUCGAAUCGGAGGGAACCUCAGAGGAUAAAAGUAAGCUAGAAAAGUCUACCAGUCAACUGUGUGACACGACUUCGUCGGAGGAUGUGCUAGAUUUGUACGUUACCAAUCAAGACAAAGAACCAGACUUUUCUUAUGACACUGACGAAUCAACGGAGAAACGUGACUGGAAAAAUGAAACCAAGCAUUUGGAGGGUAGCAAUAAGGCUUCCUCAACGUCCCAACAUCAGUCCCAGUCGUCACAGCACCGCCAUCCAUCGGGAAGGCCAAAUAAUUUCAAACAUUCCGGUGAUUCUAGCGGAUCAUCCUCCGGAGAACAACAUUUCCCACCACAAAUGGGGGGAAUGCCACCCGGGCUACCUCAUCCUAAUUUUGGUCCUUUCAGAGGUGGCAUGAGGCCCAGGUUUCCACCAAGACCAGGCUAUCCAGGCGAUAUGAACAAUUUUCGCAAUAAUCGAAUGAAUUAUCCCAUGCGAGGAGGACCACCCUUUCCUCCGCGAGGGCCACCUUUCGACCAUAUGAUGCGACCAGGAAUGAUUCGUCCAGGCGAUCGAAUGCCGUUCGAUCCCAUGCGUGGAGGCCCACGAAUGGGACCAGGAGGACCGAUGUUUCGCCCUAAUGGUCCAGGAGGACCACCGGGUCCCGGCGGUCCACCUUUUGGUGGUCCAAUGGGUGGUGGACCGGGAGGAGGACCGAACAUGCCCCCGGGAGGUCCACCAGGACCCAUGGGAUCUAUCCCGCCUCCCCAUCAACCGCCGCUUUUGGGUUUCGAAGGCGGACCUGGUCCGGGAGGUUCAUCAGGUCCUCCGGCAAUUGCAGCUGCUCCCGUUCUACCCAGGAAGGUGUUGAUCAAUCCGAACUUCAAAGGCGGUGUCGAGGCAGCCACAAAUCAACUGAUGCGGGACGCACUGAACAAUCAGCAGUUUCUGGUCAACAUGGGCAACCGAUCGUCGGUCAGCGAUGAGGAACUGCUAAGACAGCAGGAAGAGUUCAUCAACAAAAAUCGCAUCGAGGUUGAGAAGCGGCGCUUCGAACGUUCGCCUUCUAGAGAAAGGGAACGCGAAAGGGACCGGGAUCGGGAUCGUGAUCGGGAGCGAGAACGAGAACGUGAUCGGGAACGUGAGCGUGAGAGGGAGCGAGAACGAGGCCGAUCUCGGGAGCGGGAGCGCGAAAGAGAUCGCGAGAGGGAACGGGACCGCGACCAUCGUGAUAGGUCCCGGGAACGAUCCAGGUCUCCGCGUCGGCACCGACCGGGUAGUCGUGAUAGAGGUGAUUUGAACAGACCUAGACGAAAUUUCCCCUCCCGGAGGCACGGUAGCCGUGAUCGGGACGACGACAGUCGCUAUCCGAAACGACGGAAGAGCGGUGACUAUGGCGAUAAUUCGAGGAAUGAGAGAAGAGACGACAAUGAAGAUCCGGAAGAACGCGCCUACCGGAUGGAAAUAGAGAAGCAGAAAGCGAUUCGGGAGAAAAUUCUCAAGGAUAAAGAGAUGCGUCGCAAGCAGGCCGCUGAGGAGAACAAAAAAACUAACAUCAAAGAGCCAAAACAGGAGCGCAAAUCCGAAGAGCCCCCUGCUAGAUACACCCCGAUCGUUAUCACCGAGAAAAAAAUUAUCUCCCUCAAGAAAAAGUCCGAAUCGGAACGACACUCGAAUCACGAAUCAUCAUCCAAAAAGUCGUCAUCGUCGUCAGCACUGCCAUCCACGAAUCAGGACCACGGUAGUCAUAGGAAGUCGGAAAAUGAGUCCCAGAAAAAGAGCAGCACCAUCGAGGAGUCCGAUCCGCUCCUGGACGCGCUGGACAUGGCCACCUCCCCACGUCGAAAAGUCAUCGACAACCGCGACGAGGAUCUACAUCUAGAUCUUUUCCUAGACGAGGAUGAGGAAGAACUUCUGCGUGAUCCCACACCUUCACCACCGCCGAGAGAAAAAGCUCCGCCACCAGCACCGGUUUCAUCGAAUACCAACACAAGCAGCAGCGGUAAUGCUAACACCGGUGGUAGUGGCAACAGCAACUCCGGCCGAGGAGACAGCAGCGGAUUCAGCUCCGGCAGUCGGAGGAUCGUGCUGAAACCGGUGUCCGGAUCCGACUCGCGUCAGAGUGAUAGAGACAAACAAGCGCCUCCUCCGGCCAAAAAGUUGAGAGUAUUUGAUAGACUAGAUAAACGGAUAGGAGUUAAUGAUGCGGACAAGCGCAAAUUGCAAAGGUUAGUCAAGGAUAACUGAUCGAGACGUGGUAUGUUGCCGCGAGAAAAUUGACUACUGGGGAUUAAUUGAGAUAAAUUAUUAUCUGUCUUAAGUGCACGCGUGUGGUGAGAGAAUUGUAUUGGUUUUCCCCGAUGAUGUUUGUACCAUUUUUUUCGUUUCAUUCUGUGUUCGUUUGCGACAUUAUUUCUCGGUGUAAUUAUAUGUACAGACUGGAAAACAAGAAACUGUCAAUCCGACAUUCUGGAAGUACGUUAUGUUUAGUAAGUAGAAUUGUCCGUCAGAAAUUUUGUAGCUGUAGCUCCGUUUUUAAAGUUGCUAAUCAAUUAUCCGAGGAAUCUUUGUUCCGAAUAGAGGUUUUUGUUUCGAUAUUAGGCGAAACCAUUAUUAUAAUUAUUGAACAGAUAGGCUUAGUCGAUUAGGUUUUACAGUUGAACUACUAGGACUGCUAACAAAUUAUUCGGAAACAAUCCUGCAUGGAAAAAAAAUCCUUGCAUCCGGACCUUUCUGGAUACUAUCGUGUAUUCCUUUGGAAGCCUGUUUCCAAGCUACACACUUACACGAAAACACGCUUAUAACAAAAGAAGAAAAAACAAACUUCCCUUUUCCUUGGAAAACAAAACAAAAAAACUCUACUAUUUGUGUAAGUCUAAGAUUAAAAAAAGAAAUAACGACAAGCAAAAACAAAAAAGUAAAACAAGCAUAAACUGUGAGAAAUAGUAUUUAGGCAGUAAUUAACAAAUUUUCAAUUAAGAUACCAUAAUCAAGCUGAUUAAGUGAAACCAAGUCUAAAAGAACGAAGAUAAACAGCAUACCUUUAAACACACUCACGUACGAAUCAACAACUAAAAAACCGCUCCAAUUACUACGACGCAAUCAAAGAGUGAACAUUCCCUGACAAUCCGUCUUGAUUCCUUUCCCAAUUUCGACAGGACGACUAGGACAUCAGUAUCGCCGAACCGGACGACGGCGGCGGCGGCGGCCACGAAGACGACCACCACCACUACGCAAUCAUCACCUUGUUGCGGAUCACCAUCUCCAUCACCACCGGAUUCGCAUUCGGAUCGCAGUUGUAGCGAUGAUUAUACGGAACCAUUGGACAGCACCAACGGGUCUUUGUUAUUGUUGUCGUCAACACCGCCGCCGCCGCCGCCGCACGGACAAGGCAAGCGUCGUCGUAAGUCUCGUAAGUCGAAGAAGAAAAAGACCAAGAAAAGAAAACGAGCAAAUAGUGAAGAAAGGCGUGGCAGAAAGACGUGUCACUAGUUAGGGGAUUUAGUUGAUUUGUUAAUUGAUA